CACAAGAAUUCUGUGAUAAAUACGCUUCUUUGUUUGAUCUAUUACUUUUAUUUUAUCCAAAAUUUAUCACAAACAAAUAUCAGUUAGAGACAUUGUUCUGGAUUUCUGUUGAGACAAAGAAUUUUUUACAACCUGUUGCUCUCACUAAUCCUUUUAAACCACCAUUAGAAAUUCUUUUGAAAGAAGAUGAAGAUGAUAGUCAAACUAGUUAA